UGUGUGUGCGCGUGUGUGUGUGAGGCCGCUUUGUCCAGUAUUAAACGCCAGAUGACGCUCUUGUCUAACGGUCUCGCCCUUUUUAGCCCAGACCCUUAGAUGAUUUCCAUACCGAGAAGUUAUCGGACACGUUUCAAUGUCUAUCAAUAACCUCCCGGGGAUCAAGCCAAUUUAUGACUGGCCAGGAGCUGCACGUGAUUCUAUUUAAACAUUCCAUAUUUGGGCAUUACGCGUCGUAUCAAGAAAAAAAAGAAAAUGAUUUCCUCCACCUAUAAAUCCUGCUCUUUUUUAGGACAAGCCUAACGUCCUCUAGAAAUACAAAUAAAGUCCAAUAAACAAAUAAAACUUCUAAACAACUUAUGUAUACUUUAUUAGCUGAUUCAGUCUCUGCUGCGACCGGGUGCUUUUUGUGACUCUCUCCAAGGUUACUGUAUUGUUUUGGAAACAGAAUGAGCUCAUACGUUGGAAAUUCUUUUUCUAAGCAAACGCAAGACGCCUCCUCUUGUAGAAUGCACACUUUUGGCAACUAUGGAGCUCACUCUGAGUUCCACGAGUCCAAUUACGCGUACGAAGGACUUGAUCUCGGCGGAUCCUUCAGUUCUCAAAUCCCCUCCAACUCUUUGAAACGGGAGGCGAUAAACACAACCGACCGUGCAAGGACCAGUGCAGCAGUUCAGCGAACACAGUCCUGUUCAGCUUUGGGCUCUCGUAGCUUUGUAAGCACUCACGGGUACAACCCCCUCAGUCACGGACUGUUGAGCCAAAAAGCCGAGGGGAAUAUGGAAGUUCUGGAGAAGCCCAGCGGCAAGAGCCGCACAGACGAUAUCAAAAUGGAGACUACUUCAGCGAUAAAGCAACAAACUAAUUCGACUCAGCGUCAGAACCAGUCGCAGCCGCAGAUAUAUCCGUGGAUGACAAAGCUACACAUGAGCCACGAAUCUGACGGUAAAAGGUCACGAACCAGUUACACCCGGUACCAGACUCUGGAGUUGGAGAAAGAGUUCCAUUUCAACCGAUACCUCACACGUCGCAGACGUAUCGAGAUUGCCAAUAACCUCUGCUUGAACGAGCGGCAAAUUAAAAUUUGGUUCCAGAACCGUCGCAUGAAGUGGAAGAAGGACUCAAAGUUGAAAGUGAAAGGAGGACUAUAAAUAAUGUGGUGCACGGCUUCAAAUGAAACAACCUGAAAAUAAAGGCAGCGUUAACUUGUACUGAAACAACAAAGGAUUUAAAAAUAGAUUUUGUUGUUGACAACAGUUGAUGUUUUUCAUUUGUCUACAAUAUCAUGUUGUUAUGUGAAUAUGUCCACAUUUUCGAUAUUAUUUAUUGAUAGUGCUCCCUCCCGGGAGGUGCUUAUUUGAAUAAUGUAUAAGCUUAAACUUUAUUUGAAUAUGCCUUACUAAAGUCACUUGUAUCAAUAACCUACAUAAUAUACCAAGGCCUGCAUCCAGUUACGUUGACUUAAAUGUAAGUGCAAAUAAUGUGGUGCUUUGCUUGAACAUUAAUCAAUCUCCCCAUUGCAUAUUGCAUUUUGAUGGAACUUGUCUUUUUAUCCAUUGUACUUUCUGUCGUAAAUACAUCUAUACAACUAUAAUACUCACACAAGGAUGGUAAACCGCACUCCAUGAUAAUAAUGCAACAACUGUAGUGUCAUAUUAAACGCUGUCUAUCAUGUUGUCUGUCAGCCAGCAGCCAAAUGGUAAUUUUAUCUUGAGGAUAAUGUCUAUUGAAAUAUUGUGGAAUCAGAACAUUUUGCUCUUUUAUUGAAUGUUUUUUGGGGGGGCAAAUUUUACAGGCAGGUACCUUGGCAUUUCUUUCUAUACACUCUACUCUAUAUAGGAGUGGCUUAUGCCUUUCAUACCAACCAAACUACACGACCUACUUUUCCGUGAACCGCAUUUGAAUGAUCCAUUAUUUUUGUUAUUCUAACCGUUUGUUUUCGAAGUUUCAUUGGCACUUUUACAGACAUUAAUUAUUACAGUAACCAGAUUAAAUUGCCAAUAGUGGCAACAUAUCAGAAAGUUUUGUCAGCCAUCUGUGCCCAGUGAAACUUCCAAUGUGGUAUCAUUGUAAAUGAACUCGAUGAAACGUAAAGAAUAUACUAUUUGUCUGUUAAAGCAAAAGUAAUGAUUCUUUCUGUACACAAAUGCAUUUUUUAAUUCAAGGCCCGUUUGAUACCUCGUGCAGAGUUAAGAGAAAACGUUCUGCGCGAUUUAAUAUGAUUUUGGUAAAAGAAAAUAUAAGUCUGCAUGUGUAUACUUCCAGUGAUGAGACAUGAUUGAACUUUAACGCUCUGGUCACUUAUUUACAGUAGCCCUUAAACGGAGGCACAUAAAACUUUAUGACCCCAAUAAACUUUUACAGCACUUCCUCUCACCCAUCAGACACUGACAACUGUUUCCUUUUUUAACAAAUCGGCGGAAGUUUACACAAACAUUUCAAAGUGACGUUUUGGUACACAAAACCCUUGAAAACAAUAGUUUCCACUUUUAAUCAAAUACUGCGUGCAACUAAAUUAUAGUAAAUAUAUGAAAAUCCAUUUUACUACACUGUUAUUAAUCGUCCUGCGUGUAAAGCAUAUCAUUAAAGACCUUUAAAGUGAAUUGCUCAAACCUUAUUGUUGAAAUUUGUCAUUUAGAUAAUGAGACAUGAUGUUAGCCACCCUAUGUGCAGAAAUCACAUAAUCCAGGCCCAUGUCAAACAAAGGACAUAAGACUGCGUGUACAAAAUGCUAAUUUUCUACUGGCUCGUUCUACUCAGGUUCUUUUCUGCUUUACUGUUGGUUUGACACAGGCUAUUUUUUUCUUAAUUCAUGCCUUCUCGGCGCUCUCGAUGCAACCGAACAUUUUAAUCUCCGAGUUUCUUAAGUUUAUGAAUGCUAACAUUAUAUACACACACUAAGCUGAAAAUAAAAACAGUCAGCUAGUCAAUUUAUACUACUGUUUAAGAAGCGCUUUCAUUUUAGAAUCGUCUCACUCACCUAUAUUGGAGAUUCAAUGUAAAUUUCCAUGCUUCUUUCAAUUUCUACACUCGCUAUCUUGACCGAAAGGGCCACAUUGCGAGUUACUGUGGUUACUAUGUUGCUUUUUACACAAACCCCUCUUUUUUUUAGCUCUCUUGCCACGUAUUUUGAAGUUUGAGGGUUAUUUAUGCCAAUUGCCCAAAGCAGGACCAGUGAGUGGUGCAGGAAGAGCACGUGGGGUCAUUAAAGUGGGUUUUAUGGCCUGCAAGACCUGACAAACCCUCAAUAUAUUUACAUCAUAUAUAAUGUUAACUGUCCGUAAUCGCAGCUGUUGGCUAGUCUUAUCUCUGAGAGAAGGGCUUAGAGCCUGUUAGUGUGGGUUACUCGCGUCAGGGUCUGUAGAAGUUCGACUCUUCCAAAUGGAUCCCAGGCGGUUGCAGUAAGUUAAUAAUCUUGUUUUCCUCUUUUUAAUUAAAUAUGUACUUUCCUCCGCAACGCCCUCGGGAAUUAAUCAAGGAUGUAAUUCAAUAGUUCAUGGAGAAAUUGUGUCAAGUGGUGCGCAAAUGUGUCCUCAUCUGUUCAGUUUUGAUCAAUUUCAAACUCUAGAGUGUACGUUUGUGCAUUUGUAUAUUACUGUUAAUUUGGCGUUGAUAUGGAAUUAUUGUUCUGGCAGCAGCUUCAAAUCUAAUUCUGUAUAUCAUGACUCAUAGCCUAUGUAUUCAAAAACAUCUUGUAUGCCUCUUAAAAGCGUUGUGCAUGUGUGAAGAGCGUUGCCUUGAGAUUCACUUAAGUAUUGGCGUUGUAGAAUGUGCGUAUAUCAAAAUACUCCACUUUUGGGCGGUGAAAAAUGCUUAGUUUGUUCCUAGGAUGUGUAUGUUGUGGUAAAAGUGACGGUGAAGGACUGAGAAGCUAAGUGAUCUUGUAUUGGUUUGCAGAUUAGAGCGCAGAACAUAGAUCUUUAGAUCGGACAUAAUGUGGGGUCAUGUGCAGGGCAGAGAAGAUGUGGUGUUGUGUGGUGGGGUCAUGUACAGGGCAUUGUGGAUGAAGAGUCACAUGAUUAACUAAACAAAAAAACAUAACUGAAAAAAGUAUUAAAAUAUACAUUUUAUUCAAAGCAAAAUACAUUUUUUUGACCACUGUUAUUUGUAAGUUUUCAACACCGGAUAUUCAGUGGUCUUUAUUUGACAGAUGAGGCUCCACUUGACCAUUAUAAUCAUGGUAUGAAAAGUUUAAGCCAUAUCUUACUUUAUGAUGUUGUGCUUGGAAACAGAAUAAGUCAGACUCUGUUCAUCCACAAUGUUCUCUUUAAUCUGUGCACAGCAAUCAUGGCUGAACAGGAACUCCACUGCCAUCGUCAUAUACUGCUCUGUUUCUAUUUAGUGAAGGCCUGUGGUAUAUUCUGAGAGUUAUUUAAAAUUAAAAGAACCAGUGCCUCAGUUUUGGCAUUAGAACUAAUUCAGGCCCUUUUGGUGAGCAAAGGUUAUACAUGUGUCCAAAAAUAAUUAUGAAGAAAAACCAAGAUAGAAAAGGAGGUUACUGACCUCCCAAACAGUUAUGGUGAUUUUUGUAAUCUGUUAAUAAGGGUCUGAAAUGUAUUUUUUGUCAUUCAGUUGAGAAUAAGUUGUAAGACGGCUUUAAUUACAAAAUCUGAAGAGUUUUAAUAAAUAAACCUGUGGAUUGCAAUUAAUGUGCCAUCAUUUUAUGUCUUUAACCAUUUCGGUUCUGUUUAACCUGCUUUGUUAAAACAACAUCCUUUAAAUACCUUUCAAAUGCCAUUAUUUCAGCAGAAAAAAAACAGAACAUGACAUUACUCUGAGAUGUUUAUAUGAUACGUCAGAUUUGCAGAUAUUUCACAAAACAGCUAUGCUCAGUCACUUCAAUUUGUGGGGUCCAAACAUUUGUGGAAAACAACAGAGUGUUGAGUAAAGACCUAUUUCACUGAUUGGUUCUGUCUUGUAAGCUGUGUCUGGUUGCAAAUACUGCUGAGUUGUAAAUUCCAUGGCUUGCCAAAGUUCUUUCCUCCAGGCUUACUGUUAAAGAAACGCUGUUUUGUUUUUUAUUUUAUAAAGAAGAGUGGGAGGACAGUUUUAGCAGAUAUCAAAACAGUAUUUGUAAAAGAAUGUACUUGAUAGAACUUCAGUUAGUAUUAAGUUGGUAAACAGCUGUUUAUACAAGUGUAGUCUAAGUGUAUCUUAUGUGAUAUUCUAACAUAAACCUUGGCUAAACCAAUCCCGUAAUCAAUAAUUACUGUUGUGAAUUAUACACACAUGUAUAGAAUGUAUACAAUGUCACACACAACACUUGAGAUAAUACAAUUUAGUUCAGGCAUGCAAUUACACAAUCCAUUUUUAUACAAUGAAACAAAUAUAAUAAAACAAAAAAAAUGAUAUUGCUGAAAUUUUCAUUCAUCUCUUUCAUUCUCAAUGUCCAUUCGUUACGCCAGAAAUCUUUCACUCAAAUGAUGUUGUGUUUAAGUGUUUAUUAUUUAUGUGCAUUAUUAUUGAAAGAACAACAAAGCUGACAAUGACAUAAUAUUAUGAAUGUACUUAGUUUCUUUUAUCACAUCAAAGCAGAGCUGAUACCUGUUGGCUCAUUUUUGGCUCAGAGCAGGUGGAGGUUUUACUCACUCAAGGUUGAUUGAGGUGGAUAAUAUUGCUUAUUGUAUGCUGACUAGAAUAAUAAUCAGUGUAAUGUUAAAUUUACAGCAUGUAACAUUUUUGUGGGGUAUUGGAAGUCAUUGAGUAUGAGUCAUUGACAGAAUAAAUGGGUCAUGUGGUACAACCAACAUCCCUAUUGAAACACUUUCAGUAAUUGUCCACUUAUUAAAGAGAUGUAUUUAAUACAACUGUUGUACCUGAGUGAUGGAGAACACUUAAUAAAUUCAAAUGAAUUUGUUGUUGGCAUUUAUAAUUAAGAAAAAUUUUAACUUCA